UAGGUUUAGAACGCGACGGAACAAUUGACUCAAACGUGGCGGGAGAGACACGCUACGAACAAAAUAAUUCGACAAGUAGACGGGAGGAAGGGGCGACAGAGGGUAUGCGCCACACAGACAAUCCCAAGCGUCGCGGGAAAUAGGGACAGACAAAUCCGUACCUAGCGCUACGCAAAAAACCAAGAGUAGAGGGAAUCGCGGGCAUAAAAACGACGGUGGAGGGAAGCGCAACACGUGCUAGGAGGCCUGCGCCCGACAGAAAGCUAUCGAGAACUGGCGCGCCAAAAACCCGUCUAAUAAAACGCAAGAAACGCAUCGGCGUACCCCGCCAUGGACGGCCCGCACCAAAACCACCUCUCCUUUGCUGAAUCACACUCCCUCCCGCUGCACCGCACUCCCUCCCACAACACCACACUCCCUCCCGCUGAACCACACUCCCUCCCGCUGCACCGCACUCCCUCCCCCUGCACUACACUCCCUCCCGCUGAACCACACUCCCUCCUGCUGCACCACACUCCCUCCCGCUGCACCACACUCCCUCCUGCUGCACCGCACUCCCUCCCGCUGCACCAUCCUCCCACCGCAUCACCUCACUGCUUUAGCUGCUCAAAGCAUCCAAGCGCUGCAACUCAGGGGCAUGGCUGCACCAAGCACACACGCGCCACAUCUCACCGCCUUGGCUGCUCAAUGCACACCCGCGCUGCACCUCGCUGCCUUGGCUGCUCAAAGCAUACACCUGCAGGGCCUCACUCCCUUGGCUGCUCAAAGGACACACCCGCAGGACCACACUGCCUUGGCUGCUCGCUGCACACACGCGUUGCACCUCACAGCCCUGUCUGCUCAAAGCACACACCCACAGCACCUCACUGCUCUGGCUGCAAGAAAGCCCACGCGCGCUGCCCCUCACUCCCUUGGCUGCACCAGGCACCCACACGCUGGACCCCACUGUCUUGGCUGCUCAAAGCACACACGUGCCACAUCUCACUCCCUUGGCUGCACCAAGCACACACGCGCCACAACUCACUGCCUUGGCUGCUCAAAGCACACGCGUGCUGCACCUCGCUGCCUUGGCUGCUCACAGCACACACUCGCUGCACCGCACUCCCUUGGCUGCUCACGGCACACACCCGCAAGGCCUCACUCCCUUGGCUGCUCAAAGGACACACCCGCAGGACCACACUGCCUUGGCUGCUUGCUGCACACACGCGUUGCACCUCACUGCCCUGGCUGCUCAAAGCACACACUCGCAGCACCCCACUGCCUUGGCUGCUCAAAGCACACGUGCGCAGCACCUCACUGCCUUGGCUGUGAGAAAGCCCACGUGCGCUGCAUGUAGCUGCAGUGGCUGCAAGAAACCACAAAUGUGCUGCCCCUCACUCCCGCCGCUGCACCGCGCACACACGCACCACAACUCACUGCCUUGGCUGCACCAAGCACACGCGCGCUACACCCCACUCCCUUGGCUGCUCAAGCCACACACGCGCAGCACCUCAAUCCCUUGGCUGCACCGCCCACGCAGCAGCUAAGGUUUCACUGCCGCCUGCUACACCGUCCACACUCACGCUGUACACUUGCACCCGUAACACACUCUACACUCCCCCUCCCCCUCCCCCCCCCCCCCCCACAAGGUUUGUGCAAGGCACGUGCUGGCAAUGGCUGCACCGAGAGCACCGCGUGCACCACGCGCACUAAGAGCUUUGGUGGAGUCAAAGGGGGGUAGUGUGAACAUCACAUGCCACAUGCAACCGAUAGUAAAGGUGCAGAGGCUGGGGCUGACAGUGCUCCUGGGGCUGGAGGAGGAGGUUGCAAGCAUGGAUGAUCUGCUGCACUUUUUGGCGCAGCAUGCUAAGGACGCGGUCAAGCGUCUAGAGGAGGCAGCCUACCAUGUCGUCUCGCAGGCGGACGGGGCAGCAGGGCAAAGCCUGGUCACCGAGCACAAGACAACAUACAGCCACAUAUUCAAGCGUUGGGUGAAGGGUGGCGCGGCAACCGCCGAGGAGAUCCUCAUGCGUCCGAACCGAAAACUGCCUGGAGUGGCACUUAACUUGCCACUGUACACCUGGAGAAAGAACGGAAAGUACAUACUCGCUGAGGGUGCAGGAUAGGGCGGUGAUCGCAGAGGAGAUGAUUUCAUAGCUCGGCAAGAGUACAACAUACAGGGCGACGGCGGGGUCGUCGCUGGCGACGCGCAGGCCGAUGAUGACGAAUCGGGCAACGUGGAUCCUGCGCCACCAGUGGGUGAUGGCAGACGUACGUCUUGAGAGUGCAUUGGAGGAGAAGACGUGCAGGAGGCGGCCGCCCAGUCCUAUACCAACACGGAUGACACAGACUGCGACAACGCCCCUGCGGUGGGGGUACCUUCCAGCGUGACUACUGCCACGCCUGCAUCUCCCACGCCAUGUGGGAGUAUGGGUGGUGCAAGUGCACCGAGCAGUACAACCGCUAUGGAGUGGCCAACUCCUUCCCCGCCCAUGCUAUGUAUGACAUGCGAAGGGGCCGGGCGCCCACUCUGGGUGCCACAUGCGCCGUCUACACCAUGCCCUGCUGCACUCGGUCCGUGGACGCCUAGCAGUGUGACCGGCUUGCAGAGGCCAGCUCCUUCUCGACCCAUUCCAUGGACGGCUAGGGAUGGGGCCAGUGGAGACGAUUGGGUGGCGCGUGCGCCAUUAACUCUGCGGCCCGCCGCACCUGGGUCCUUAACUCCCAACGGUGUCCACAGAUCGUCGAUCUCGCCACAACAAGCACCUCCACGUCCGACCCACAACCCAUCUCAAAGAGCAAGGGGGGCCCUUCGACGCCAUCCACGCCUUGCCCACCCUCCCUGGGGUUGGCCUCUCCCAUCAGGUCGUCAGGGAUGCCGCCCCACAGUUGUCUGAAAGACCUCGCCCGCAAGGUGAAACCAAAGGGGCACGUCGCAUCUCCGAACGUUGAAGAUUACAACGCCGCUGAAAUAGCUGAUGGCACCAACUUGCUGCGGUAAGCGCCCGGCAGGUUGGGUUCAGACUCGCACCCUCGGGCGACCCUUCAAGCCUCCAAGGACCACGCCACGCCAUGCGCCCCCCCUAGGCAGCAGCACCGCUAGCCUGAAAGAUCGGUGUGGCGCUGCGACCGCUGACCCCCUCUCCCGCUUGGGCAUCCGCUUGGUGAUUGUGACCUCGGCAGCCUCUCCUGUGACAUUUAUCUAUUUGUAACCUAAUUAUUGUGUGGUAACCGACCUCCCUACACACCCUUGUGCACCGGCCCUUUUGAUCGUUGUUCUCCCGAAGUCCCUUGCAUCCGGAACUUCUCAUCUGUGUACGAAGUUGUUGAACUAAGCUAUUA